CACUCACUCACUCUUAUUAGGGAGUUUUAUGAUUUCACCUCCGUUUGAUAUGCGCUUCAAACCCGGACUCUGUGUUCGUAGCGGCGCUUAUCUGCGACUUUACUGCGUGUUCUAAUCCAUAAAAUGGUGCGUCAGUUCAACUUUGCACGGAGGACGCUGAACGUCGCUGGCAGUCGUUCCGUCUGUUCCUCCGCGUCAGUGAGGAAGACGCUGAAGACGCAGCAGAGCAGUGCGCUCGGCUGAGCAGCAGCGCCGGAGGAAGCCGAAGCGUGGAGGAGAAGAAGACUUCACGGAAAACUUUCAACGGGAGCCUUUUUUGUCCACUUUUAACGUGCCACUUUGGUGUGAGCCCAAGUGAAGAAGCCAAAAACACCUGCAGGGCCAACGCAUCUGUGGCCUGAACAACCAGAACUGCAGUAUGGGGAACUUUUCCACCAAGGACAGCCAUGGACCCACUGGCACCCAUGGGGACAGCUUCCACACGCCUCCCGCCACUCCACAAAGUGGCAUGCCUCCUUUCAUCCCUCAGCUCACCACACCUCUGUCUUCCCUUGCUGCCCCGGUGUCACCUCCACCGCCAAUCCCCGUCCAGAUCCCAUCAACUGUGAAGACACCACAGCCCACCACCACAAUAACAACAACAACAACCAUCACUGCUUCUUCCAGUCCUGACCAAAGGCCUCAUGCAUCAGUCGGCUCAAGCAGCUCGACCACCGGCCUCAGCAUCAGUCCGGUGCAUAGCAAGCCAGGAGCAACUGUGGUAAAAGGAGCACCAGCUUUGGGGAGAAAUGGCGGUCCUCCCACCUCUUCUCCUCGGACACCAGGCUCCAAAGGGAAAAGUGUACCUCUCAGCCCCUCAAAGAGCCCCUCUUCUCCGUGCAGUGCCUCACCCUUGGCGGGCAGCUCCUCAAGUCAGAGCUGGAGAGAAAGAGACAGUGGUCUGAGUCAAUCUUUGUUGCCUGCUCAUGAAUCCGGGGACAGCCACGCCGAGGAGCUGGGGAGACUGCUGCAGGAUUCUAGGACAAUACUGGGCAUCACUGAUGGUACCGCGGAUACGGCAGAGAUCCUGAGGCAUUUCCUGACAGAAGUGAAGAAUUUGAAGAGUACUUUGGAGACAGAGCGCGCAGAGUGGCUGCAGUUCCAGGCUGACCUCCAGGUGGCAGUGGCCGUGGCGGACCGCUUGAGAGCUGAGACGGAGGAGGAGAUGACGGCUCUCCGAGUGGUGCACAAGGACGUGGAGCGGGAGCUGGCAGCCGCCCAUCAGAGGCAGAAGGAGACCGACGUGCAACUGGUCACGCUGAGCGGCGAGUUAAAGGAGAGCAGGCAGAGGCUGGCCACUCUUAACCCAGCUCUAGGUAAAACCGUCCCCCAGGACGUGUCAUGUCUGGAAGCAGAGACGCCCAGCACGGAACCAACCAACACCUCUGAGAGUAAGGAAGGCACCCAGGGGGGCACGGAAGGCGCUGUGCACAGGUUGGGACGAGAAGGGCCGGAAAGGGGCUGCGAGAAUGACGCGACAAAGAACGGUGUGAGCGAGGAGGCGAGAUCGGGCGGCAGGGGCGUGGCCAAGCGGUACCUGAGAAAUGUGACCAAUGAGCAGAGGAGUGUGGGAGAUGAGGCGCGGUCCACGGAGACGAGACGGACGGUGACCACAGAGAGAUCGAGAAGCCUGUCCAGAUUACCUGCCACAUCCGACUUCCUCACCGUGCCGAAUGGAACGUCCCCGUCCAACACUGCCGCAACAGAUGUGCACACAAACAUGAACGUGGGGCAACUACGAGGCCGAAAAGGUCCGGAAUGGCAAGAAAGCAAGCCAAGCACUGACAUAGGAAAACGUGAGGAGACUCUAAACAAGUACAACUCUACCCUCACUGAGUUACCUCCCACUAAGUCCCAGGAUGGUUUCAACAUGCUGCUGCGUCGCCAUGGAGGCUCCAAAAGAAACUCAAUGCUUCGCUGGUGUCAGAGCCGAACCCAAGGCUACAAGAAUAUUGACAUCACCAACUUCAGCAGCAGCUGGGCCGACGGUCUGGCGUUCUGCGCCGUCUACCACACCUACCUCCCCUCGCACGUCGCCUACAGUAGCCUCGCUCCAGAGAACAAGAAGGACAAUCUAAGUCUGGCAUUCAAAACAGGAGAGACUGUUGGGAUUGCACAAACCCUGACCGUAGAGGAGAUGCUGAGAGCCGGCGGUCCCGACUGGCAGAGGGUGCUGAGCUACGUGGAGAGCAUGUACCGCCACUUUGAGAUGUGACUGCUGCGUCUCAGGUACGGACGAGGACACGUCAGGGGGACGCACCUCCAGUUGUAUUCAUGAUUUAACCUUGAAUGCAAACCUCUCCCUGUGGGGAAACUGGAGAAACUGCUCUUCUGUUUGCUCAAAGAAAAUGUGUAAUACGUUAAAAAUAUUGUUUCGCUUGGAGCGUUCGGUUCAAGUUAUCUAAGAAACGACCGAAAUCCAUCAUCACCAAAGGACAAAAACACUUUUCCAUUCAUUUUUAAUGUGAACUUUACAGACGCUGGCUCAGACAAGGAUGGGCUGUAUUUUCCCAGCCAAGCAGAUGUGUUUGUAAUGCUAAUCUGGUCAAAUAAUGCUCAGUAUAUACUGUCGAUAUUGGAAGUUUAUUGCCGUGGGGUUGAAUUAUUUCCUUCUGGCUUGUUUGCCGUCGCCGUGCAGCGGCGGUGCGAGGUGAGAAAUAAGGUAGCGGUGGUUUAUUACCGUCGACGCAGCAGUCGGCACUUCAUUGUUUGUUGUUUUCAUUUCCACAUCCAUCAGACGCGGUGAAAGCAGACAGCUCUCCCUCUUAAUGCAAAGACUUCUAUGUUGUUGCUCUCAAUUGACAGGUUAUUAUCGACUACCUUUUAUAGAAAGUCAGAAGAUUUAGUUGUGAGGUGCCGAGUAUGUCAUGACACUGGUGAUUCACUGGCAGGAAGUACUUUAUGAUCACAGUAUGUUCCAUCUGCCAACAUGUUUUGCCUUUUUUAACCUUGUAAAUAUGCACUUUGUCCACACUUUUUGUCGGGUGACUGGCGACGCUGCAGAACGCUCCUCGCUUUCUAUGUUUGCCAAUGUUUUUCCAGCACAGGAAAUGCAGGUCCUGCGUGAGCGGAAUCUACAAAAGUGCCUCCACGUUAUCCACAUUUUGUGCUCGCGCUGCGCACGUCAGGGUCUGCCGUCGAGCUGCCUCGUCUCACACACGCAUUAAUGUCUCAUUUCAUCAUCAGUGCUGCGAAACUAAAAUACCAGGCGUUGUUAUAACACGUUCAGAGCGGAGUUUGUUGCCAAAGUUGUUACGUGCCAAAUAACACGGACUAAUGUAAAGCAUGUUUAUAUGUAACUAGUGUGGAGAUGGAAACCAAAGAAAUAAAGUAUUAAUGUGGAAA